AUGAAGUUCAACAUCGUUUUGAGUGUUGCUGGAAUCAUACUUCUCUAUGCAACAGGUUGCCUCUGCCAGUUAGAUGUAUGUGGUCGAGCCCCCCUCAAUGAUAGGAUUUCUGGAGGUGAGAACGCUACAGCAGGGGUUUGGCCAUGGCAAGUCAGCAUUCAUGACAUCCAGUUAGGCCACCAUUACUGUGGCGGGACGCUCAUCGCUAAAGACUGGGUUUUAGCUGGAGCUCACUGCUUUGAUAGUCCUAGUGACUCUGACAUUGUGAUGUAUUUUGGUCGUGUGAGCCAAUACGGUUCAAACCCUUAUGAGAUAUCCAGAACCGUGAGUCGAGUCAUUGUCCAUCCUGACUAUGGUCAUCCUCCUUUUGAUAAAGACAUAGCGCUGGUCCAGCUCUCCUCCUCUGUGCCUUUCUCUGAUUACAUUAGACCAGUCUGUCUGGCAGCGGCUGGUAGUGUGUUUGAUGCAGGUACAGAGAGCUGGGUCACUGGAUGGGGCUACCUAGAACCUGAAGGCCCAGUGUCUGAUAUGCUACAGGAGGUGAUGUUACCAGUUGUGAGCAACAGUGACUGUGAUCACGCUUAUACCGGAGUGGUUGGCAUAACCAUCACAAACAAUAUGAUUUGUUCUGGACAGGAUGGGAAGAGUGUAUGUCCGGGAGACUCUGGAGGUCCAAUGGUCAGUAGGAAAGGCUCCCUGUGGAUUCAGUCUGGCAUUACGUUGACGUCUGAAAACCAGUGCAAUGCUGAGCUCAAUUAUCCCAGUUUGUUCAUCCGAGUUUCUCAGUACCAGGACUGGAUCCAGUCUAACACAGGCAGUGACCAGCCUGGAUUUGUUGACUUCAAUGCAGCAUCCAACUCCAACUUCAACCUCCUUCUGUUCCCCCUUUCCCUUUCAUUCUCCUUCAUUCCUUUCAGGCUCUAG